AUGGCUUGUCGGAUUGAGGAAUAUCUCAGGACGUUAGCAGCAGUUAAAGAGGAGCCCAGCUGUGACCUGCAAGUCACGAUUUUUUCCAUCUUUGCUUUCGCCACCUGUGGAGGGUACAGUGGCCAUACCUCCAUUAAAGUCAGCUGUCCGGACACUAAAAAUGAGACCCUUGAGGCGGCUUUUGGCUAUCCGUUCCGGCUGAACACUGUGGUGUUCAAAGAGCUGGAUUCAAAGAAAUGUAACAACACGUGGACCACAACCCACCUUGUGGGCGACUUCUCCUCCUCGGCCCAGUUCUUUGUCACCUUCGCUGUCUUUGUCUUCCUCUACUGCAUGGCGGCGCUGGUGCUGUACGUGGGAUAUCUGCACCUUUACCGUGGCGCUGGCAAGCUGCCCAUGAUUGACUUGGUGAUCACCAUGGUGAUCGCGCUUCUCUGGCUGAUCAGCACUUCGGCUUGGGCCAAAGCCCUGACUGACAUCAAAAUAUCCACUGGGUCUGAGAUUAUGUCGGAAAUACUCUUCUGCCAUUUGCCCCCUAAUUCCUGCUUAUUCGGUGCAGUGAGCAGCAUGGGCUCCCUCAACGUGUCUGUGGUUUUCGGCUUCCUGAACCUCAUUCUGUGGGCAGGCAACGCUUGGUUCGUGUAUAAGGAAACCCAUCUGCACAGUCCCCCAGACGCUCCGGCCCCAGGCGGCGCUUCGGCUCCUGCGGGAAUGUAAAUGGCCCCGCUGGGACACACCAGCACCACGCACGACCCCUCGGCCUCAACCUGGCAUCGGCGCUGCUCAUCUGUCCUAACUGUAGUCACCAUUUCAACCAGCAGGGGCCGGGUGGGAAUUGCAGAUACAGCUCAGCUUUCAAUUGCGAGCAGGUGCCCUUACGUUUUGAAGGCAGCGGUGUUUUGGCAGGGCAGGGCGGUGGUGGGUUGGUUUUGUUUUUGUGUUGUUUUUUUUGCUUUAUUCUACUGAAAUAUUACCCUGGGUGUUGUCAAGGGAGAGGGGCAGCUUCUUCGCGAGAACUGCGGCCCUGCAAACUAUCUGUAGUGUCGAGGGCAGUGGUUCUCAAACUUUUAUAUUGGUGACCCCUUUCACCGGUGAGCGCGACCCCCUCCCCCACCCCCCAAUA